AUCUCCAUGAAGAAGAUGCUCGCUGCUGCCGUGUCCCGCAUUUUGUCCCGUGUCGCCCAGAAGCCCGCUGGUAGGGUGCUGGGGGCCUCCUGUAACUAUUCCAAUGAUUCUACAUUUGAAAUUAAGCAAUGCGAUCUUUUUCUGUUGGAAGAAGGGCCCCCGGUCACAGCAGUGCUCACCCGGGAGGAUGGGCUCAAAUACUACAAGAUGAUGCAGACGGUUCGCCGGAUGGAACUGAAGGCAGAUCAGCUGUAUAAACAGAAACUUAUUCGCGGAUUCUGUCACCUGUGUGACGGUCAGGAGGCUUGCUGUGUGGGCCUGGAGGCCGGGAUAAACCCCACGGACCACGUCAUCACGUCUUACCGGGCUCACGGCCUCUGCUAUACCCGCGGGCUGUCGGUCCGAUCCAUCCUCGCAGAGCUGACAGGACGGCGAGAAGGCUGUGCCAAAGGAAAGGGGGGGUCCAUGCACAUGUACUGCAGUUACUUCUACGGGGGCAAUGGCAUUGUGGGCGCUCAGGUGCCCCUGGGCGCUGGGAUUUCUCUGGCCUGUAAGUACCUGAGCAACAACCAGGUCUGUUUGACUGUGUACGGGGAUGGCGCUGCCAAUCAGGGGCAGAUCGCCGAAACUUUCAACAUGGCAGCCCUGUGGAAAUUGCCGUGCGUUUUCAUCUGUGAGAACAACCGCUACGGAAUGGGGACCGCGGCCGAGAGAGCGGCCGCCAGCACCGAUUACUACAAGAGAGGCAAUUUCAUCCCCGGGCUCAGGGUAGACGGAAUGGAUGUGCUGUGUGUUCGCGAGGCGACUAAGUUUGCCGCCGACUACUGCAGAGCUGGAAAGGGGCCCAUAGUGAUGGAGCUGCAGACUUACCGUUAUCACGGGCACAGUAUGAGUGACCCCGGGAUCAGCUACCGCACCCGAGAAGAAGUUCAGGGGGUGAGACGUAAGAGUGAUCCGAUUAUGCUUCUCAGAGAUAGAAUGGUAAACGGCAAGCUUGCCAGUGUUGAAGAGUUGAAGGAAAUUGAUGCUGAAGUGAGGAAAGAAAUUGAUGUUGCCGCCCAGAUUGCUGUAACUUGUCCUGAACCACCUUUGGAAGAAAUAGCCCAUCAUGUCUACAGCGAUAAUCCACCGUUUGAAGUUCGUGGUGCAAAUCAGUGGAUCAAGUUUAAGUCCGUCAGUUAA